AUGAGGCCUUUGUUAUUCCUUGUACUCCUUGUUAUCUUGCAAGUUAGCUUGUUGCAUGUUAAUGCUAUUCCUCAAAUAACAGCAAUUACCAAAUUGACUUCAGAUUUAAAAAUUACAAUUCAAGGUCAAUACUUUACACAAAAACCAAAUCAAAAACCACUUCUGUAUUGGCAUGCUGACUUUGGCAUACUCCCAUCAAUAGAAUUUGGUAGAAAAUCUAAUUGGGACAGUACUUUUGGUGGUGAUCUGGUCAACUCUACCACUCCAAAUGUGGUCAUUUCAAAGGGAUCAAGAAGUGCCAUCAGACUUGAUCAUGGGACAAAGGAAAGUGCCAUUCUCUCUCUUGUUGAAUUCAACUCUUCCCAACUCUACGUAUGGAGAAGAAGAUACGAUGCCUUUUCAUUGGAAAAGGACAGAGCUAUCAGAACAAGAUAUAUCAAUGCCAAAGCAUUGAAUGGAUAUAACUCAACUGUUGUUACUACAGGCAUGUGGAUGACCACAUUGGAUAAAUCAAUUUGGGCUCAGGUCAACUAUGCACCAGCUGGUGCAGCAUUCUAUUCAGCAACUGUUGGAAAUAUUAACAAUGAUGCAACUGUAACAGUGCAACGCAUUCAGACUGGCACUCCAAUCUUAUUCUAUGGUGAAAAUGAUGUCCAAUUCUCAACACCACUCAUCAAUGCGACAGCCAAUGAAGGCACAGGUGUCUACUUUUCUUUCAAUCACAAAGUUUUUAGAUUGUGGGUUGAGUAUGGAGUGGAACCAAUUAAUGUCUAUAUGAGUCUUGAUAAAUAUGGAAUGGUGGAAGUGGAACAUAGUGUAGAUGGACCAUUCUUGAGAUCAACCUGGAUGAAUAAGAUCCAACCAGCUGAACGUAGAUGGGUAAAUGAAGAAUUUCAGUAUCAAUCUAAUAGUGUUAAUGAAAUUGAUGGAAAAUUGCACUUUUGGCAGGAUAAUUUGAGAGCUUGGAAUGAAAGUAAGAGAUUUCGGUUUAGAACAACUUCAAGACCAAAUCCAUUCAAACAAGUAUAUCAAACUCAAGUCUCUAAUGGAGCUCAAAUUAAUUCAUUCGAGUAUUUUGACUCGCUCUAUAUUGAUGAAACUUGGCAUCGAGUUUUGAUAGGAAACUCAUCUGUUUAUUCCAACUGUACUAAACUGGAAUUGAUAGUUCCAAACAAGUGGAACGAAACGACCAUUGAAGGAACUUUGAGAUUGGGAGAAUUUACAGACACUCCUCUCAAUCAAUUGUUUGUUUAUGUCCUUGAUGCAAAUGGUGUGGUCAAUAGAAAUGGUUUCAAUUUGGCAGUUUCAAACCAACCCACUUCAUCAGGUCUAGUUGUAGUUGGAACUUUAUCUAAUACCAAAAGAGUCAAUUCCAUUGUUUCUCAUGCUAAUCAAUUGGUUUCUUCAUUCGCAUUCCUGAUUAUCAUGUUCUUUUUAAUAGAUUUGCAGCUCGCUGUUGCUGCUGUUUCAUGUUGGUUUUUUUAA